GCCUUCUCUCUGUGUACUUCAGUGACAUGCUGUGCAAUCCGUGGGACAGAGAGGAAGAAAGCGCUGAAAGAAAAGAGUAAGCUGUUUUCAGGGACCUACGGUUUGAUGUAUGUAAACAAAAAACAAAAAAGUAUAUCAGAGCUAUCCUGACGGAGGAGAAGGUACUCAGGUAGCUCAGGAUAUCCGCUGACAGACUUUAGUACUCUUCCUUUUGGCUGUCCCAUCGCUGGAACUUACUGUGAUUUAUUUGUUUUUUAUUUUUAAAUGUGUUUUCUUGUUGUUUCUUACUGACUUUCUUAAGCUAAUUAUUCCACUUAACUGGACUGAUUAAGUGGCUGAUGCUUCCCUCAAGUUGUCGGUGCUGCUUUUGGUGACUGUUCCACGACAGUGAGGAAACUUUCAGCUCCUUGUCCCUGCGCGAGGACUACUGAGCACAGCUGGAAAAAAAAGGGAUAACCGCACGUGCGAAAAGAAUCAAACUUGAGCAAACCUCAGUGUUUUGGCAUUUUCUACAAUUAACGCUUCAUCUGCAGGCGCGUUUAGAGAACUUGAAGAAAAGGCGUGGACAAGUCAGUUCUGAAGUGUCGGGUUCCUGUUCGUGCAUUUGACCCGAGUGAAGUUGUCAACAAGAGGAGCGCAGAGACGACCUGGCAGGUGUACAAGUGAGUUUACACGUGUGGUGUAAGUCUAGUCCUGCUGCUAUAAAUAGACGCUGUUUUACGCACUAAAAUCAGACAAGCAGCAGCUGUAGAGUUGUGCGUGAAACGCGUCACCCUUCCUGUACCGUCUUCACAGGACAGGACAGAGCCUCUCACUCCCACUCGCUUUGGCUCUGAGGCUGCACGUGUCCUCGCAUGGACUGACAUGGCCACGGACAUCGCCAUGAGCGCUGACCUGCCCAACAGUCCCCUGGCCAUCGAGUACGUGAAUGACUUCGACCUCAUGAAGUUUGAGGUUAAAAAAGAGCCGCCCGAGGCCGAGCGUUACUGCCACCGCUUACCACCGGGUUCUCUGUCCUCCACGCCGAUCAGCACGCCGUGCUCCUCCGUGCCUUCCUCGCCAAGUUUUUGCGCACCGAGUCCCGGCGCACAGCCCAUCCAGAACCUCGGAGUUACCAACAACAACAACAACAAUAACAGCAACAAUGGUGGAAACAACAGCAACAACAGUACUCAAGGCACCACGGGCAAGCCCCAGCUGGAGGACUUCUACUGGAUCCCUAACUACCAGCACCACAUCAGCCCCGAGGCGUUAAACCUGACCCCUGAGGACGCAGUAGAGGCGCUCAUUGGCAAUGCGCACCACCACCAUCAUCACCAUCACCACCAGCCCUACGACACGUUCCGCGGGCAGCAGUACGUCGGCGAGGACCUGACGACCUCCUCAAACGGCUACCACCACGCAGCGCACGCCCACCACGCGCACCACCACCAUCACGGCCACCACACGCACGCACGCCUCGAAGACCGCUUCUCGGACGAGCAGCUCGUCAGCAUGACGGUGCGUGAGUUAAACCGGCAGCUGCGCGGCUUCAGCAAGGAGGAGGUGAUCCGCCUGAAGCAGAAGCGGCGCACCCUGAAGAACCGCGGCUACGCGCAGUCGUGCCGCUACAAGCGCGUGCAGCAGCGGCACAUGCUCGAGACGGAGAAGUGCACGCUGCAGAACCAGGUGGAGCAGCUCAAGCAGGACGUCGCGCGCCUGGCCAAAGAGAGGGACAUGUACAAAGAAAAGUACGAGAAGCUCGCAGGCCGCACCUUCAACGGCGGCGGCAGCAACACCAACCGGGACCCGUCCACCGGCAAUCACGGCAAAGCCUCAUCCGCGGAUUUCUUCAUAUUUAGUUCCCUGUUUCCUGUUAUAAAGACUUCCACUCUUCUGGGAAAGCUUUCCACUAGAUCUUGGAGCGUGGCUGUGGGGAUUUGUGCUCAUUCAGUCACAAGAACAUUAGUGAGAACAGGCACUGAUGUCUGCGAGGAGGCCUGGGUUGCAGUCAGCGAUCCAGUUCAUCCCAAAGGUAUUCACUGGGGCUGAGGUCAGGGCUCUGUGCAAGGACACUCCAGAUCUUCUACUACAACCUUGGCAAACCAUGUCUUCAUGGACCUCGCUUUGUGCACAGCUGUAGUGUGCACUUGGAAAGAAGAACAAGAGAAAAGGAAGACAGAAGAGCGGAAAUCGAGAGAGGCAGAGGAAGAGCUUCUGGGUUCUCUGGCGUCUCGGCUGCACUGCCGAUGAGAUUCCCCUGUAGUCAGCGUCUCUAUGGGCUCGGUUUACGGGAGAGGCAGACAACACACCCACACAACCACAAUGGACAACCGGUUCACACACUCACAGGCUACAGUGCAAGUGUGUGUGGAUGGUGUGCACGUACUUAAGCAACUGCACAGGGCCAAACUCGAACAGGUUGUAAUUUAGUCUGCUUUCCAGCCCACUGGCUGUUUCUGAGUGUGAUUGGUGCUGUAGUUUAUUCUUCUGCCAAGUCUGGAGUGGAGAAAAAUGGCAUCAGAAUACACCAGAACAGUGGGAAAGAGGGUCGCAGUGAAUCCAGAGCCUAUCCCGAACACUGGAGGUGAGGCGGGAAUAUACCCUGGAUGGAAGGCAAGCACAUUUAUACACUCAUUCACACUUAGAGGCAAUUAAUCUUAGCCAGUUCACCGACAGGCAUGUUUUUCGGACGUGAGAGGAAUCCUGGGAUGCCUAGGAAACCCACACAGUCAUAGGGAGGACUCCACACAAACAGUAACCUGAGCUAAUGAUCAAACCUGGGACCCUGGAUCUGUGAAGCAGCAACGCUAUCCACUGCACCAUCCUACUGUCAACUGUGCUGAUUUAAGACUUUCAGACUAGAAAUCCUGUAGAUGAAUCUACUGUACAGUAAAUGUGAGUAUGCACAGCUUUGUGGAUGGUAUGGUUUAAGUGUGAAUGUAUGGAUGUUGCCCAGGCCUUAAGGAGUAAUGGAAGAAUUGAUUGCUGAUUGAUCCUAGUGCCACUGAAAACACUUCCCAUUCAACCACUGCAUGACUUUUAUUUUCAUUAAAAAGGUAAUUUAGUAAUAGAUUGCACAAAUUGGUAAAUACACAUGCAUACACAAUGCACAAGUCCAGCCAUCUCAACAGAGUAUUGAUAAGCUCAGUGUCAUUUGAAGUGCUGUCUCUUGUAGAUCUGCAGAUGAGGGAAGUGAAAGCUGAAGGAACACACUGAUCUCAACAGGUCAGCAAAAUUAUGACGUUAGUUGAGGUUAUAGGAGGUCAAUAUGUCUGAAAAUCAAGAAGGACUGCAGAACUCUUACCGUCACGUGCGUGUCAGCUACUUAAACACUCCAGUGAAUCUCACUGGAGUCAUCAAAUAAUCACCCACAGAUUUUUCAGUCUGAAAAAAAAAGAGGAAAGUGACCAGGCAACAGAGAACAAACAUCUUCUCAUGCUUGUAAAUUCAUUACAAGUGUGUGGCUCUGUUACACUGUGGGGGCACUUGCACAAUUUGGGUCCACUUUUCUUCUUAAACAGAGGAGUCACUGUAAAGCAAUACAAUUCAGUAAAGUUCUGAUUGAUCCCCUUUGAUUCAUCCUAUGAUGAAUAAUUUCUAUGCUAAUGGGAGUGGUCUCUUCGAAGAUGACCCCACCCAUAUUCGCAGGGCACAAGAGUUAACUGAAUGGUUUGAUAAGGGUGAAAAUGAUGUAAAGCAUAUACUAUGGUCUUCACUGUCACCAGAUCUCAACCCAGUUGAACACUUAUUUUGGAGUGACGCUCUCUACCAGCAUCAUCAAAACACCCACAGAGAGAGAGCUGUGUUCAGCACUCCAGUACAGUUCAAGAGAUUUGUAGAAUGUGCUCCAAGGAACACUGAAGCUGUUUUGGUGGUGAUGGACCAAGACCUUACUAACACACUUGCUGUGUUUACCUUUAAUUUGUCACCUGUCUGUUUUAUUUUCUUGAAGGCAUCUGAGAAACUCGCUGUGGGUAGCUGCCUUAAAACGUAAUGCCAUAGAUGAGAACUGGCUGAUAUGAAAAUUUUUAAUAUGAUCUGCACAUAUAUAGCGCUUUUAAAAAAAACUAAACAAAAAAAAAAACCUUAGUGGUUCUACAAAGCGCUUUACACUGUUUCUCAUUUACCCAUUCACACACACACACACACACACACUCUCACACGAUUGAUACUUACACAACAAUUCUGCUGAACUCUCCUGAAGGUGUUGAGUAAAAGAACAGCAGCUCUGACAGUAGUUCCAGCUGCAAGGUGAAUCACAGAUUUAUAUUAUUCACUCAUAAUUCACAGUUGCUUAUAGAUUCUAUCAUAUAAAUUAUAAGUAAUACAUGCUUCGUGAAAAUUCCACAACAUUAUAUGCAGGCUAAGUAUAAAUAGAUUUAAAAAGUAUGACAUGCUGUUCUGGUGUUGCUGCUGAUCUGCUGUUGGUGUGGUGUAAGAGGAAUAAAACAGUUCAGUGUGGUAAUAUUCAGUCCCUCCAGGGAUUUAGAGAUUUUGCGAUCACAGAAAUGAACGCAAAAUCAAGGAAACUCUGCAAUAUCCGGAGGAGCUUGCAAUUUCUGAAAAAUACUGCAGAUUUUCCACAGAUUUGGGCCAAGACGUGUCAUGUGAUGUCAUCAAAACGCACAUCCAGCCAAAGCCCUCUAUGAUUUAUGUGUGUCGAACGUGAGUAGAGCUAAAAGGUCUCAUUUACCAACAAACAUCACUGCGAAAGACCGUGCAAAACAAUUACACGCAAUUGUAAUUUCACCAAUUCAAGUACUUUUCCAUGAAACAAGCAUAAACAACUCUGCAAGUUGCAUCACACAUUUUUAAAAAGCAUUAUCGAGAAUUUUUGGCAGCAACAAUCACAAUAAAAAACUUAAAAAUCCUGUACGGACUGAUUUAUUUCCUUUUUAUGCGCACAAAUGUUGCAUUAAGUAAUAAGUAAAUGUAUGUUUGCAACAUGCAAACUCCGCACACACACGGCCACGGUGGGACUCGAACGCCGGACCCUGGAGGUGUGAGGGCGAGCGUGCUAGCCUCUAAGCCACCGUGUGCCCAUCUUUACUGAAAUGCAUAUGUAAAAUGUAAAAAAAAAAAUGUAAGUAAAGUAUGACAUUUUGAAUCUCACACAGAACUUGGUCACAGUGUUGGUUUGAAGAUUAAGCCAACAGCCCCUCCAGACAACAAGAUGAAAGAGACCAUGGCUCUUAACUGCUUUUUAUCUGCUUUGACAGAUUCAUGGUGCUUCAGGGAAAAUGCAGACUUACAGAUUUACUAAAGUCAGUACCUAGACCGGACCUUUCUCAUCUCUCUCUCUCUCUCUCUCUCUCUCUCUCUCUCUCUCUCUCUCUCACUCUUUCUGUCAACACAUAUUUUUCGCACAAUCUGUGUGUCUCUGCUCUCACUCACCCAGUCUGUUUCUCGCACACUCUAACUUCUCCGCACUUCUUUUUUGGCACAUCUGGCACACUCCAGACUUGGCAUAAGAAUAAAAGUAUACCAAGAACAGAAUAGAUGACAACUCUUAUGACAUUACUGUAGAAUUAAAUUUGGCUCUAUGGAAGGUUUGUGAUUUACACUCACCUCUGUUUGUCCAGAACCUUAUUGUGUGUGUGUGUGUGUGUGUGUGUGUGUGUGUGUGUGUGUUUAUACUCUUAAUAAAUAAAUAUAAUGAUUUAUAAUAAAUAAUUGAGUUGAGCUAUAUGGUUCUUUAGAGAUUAAAGAAACCCUUUAUGUUUUUUUAUGUUCCUUGUGGCAGUGCUAUGAAGAACCAUUUGUGGGUUCUUUAAAGUGCAUUAAAUAGAUGGUUCUCUACACACACACACACACACACACACACACACACACACACACACACACACACACACA